UCGCCUGCUCGCCGAAAGUGAAAGCAUUCUGAAUCAGGAAGUGCUGGGAGUAAGCAUGGCUUCGAAACAUCAGGUCGAGAGUUUAACCGAGGAGGCAAUUUGUCCCAUCUGCCUGGAUUUCUUCACCGAUCCGGUUACACUGGAGUGCGGACACAACUUCUGUCGCUCAUGUAUCACACGGCGUUGGGAAACGGAGGAGAGAAACUCCUGCCCGGAAUGUAGAGAGCUGUUUGCCGACAGCACCCUCAGGGUCAAUCGGGCCUUAGCAAACCUGGCUGAAAAAGCUCGAAAUCUAAACCUGAAUCCGAAAGGGAAGGAAAGUAAACUUCACUGCGAGGAACAUGAGGAAGAACUGAAGCUCUUUUGUGAAACAGACAAGACACUGAUCUGUGUGAUCUGCAGAGAUGCGGAGGAACACACAGAGCACCGCUUCAAGCCGAUUAAAGAAGCUGUUAAAAUGUGCACGGAUCAGCUAAAAUCUUCCUUAGACUCUCUCACAAAAAUGAAAUCAGACCUCCAGGAAAAGGAGCAGCAACAGGAAGAGAAGAUUUCCGGAGUUCGGGAGCAGUCCAACAGUGUUCAGACCCACAUCACAUCCCAGUUUGCCAAAUUGCGUCAGGUUAUCACUGAAAAAGAGCAGAGCUUACUCAGGGAUCUCAGAGAAGAAGAGGAGAGGAUUUUAAAUCCAAUGGAGAAAAAUCUUCAUGCGAUUCAGGAGGAUAGAAGGCUUAUUCAGGAGGAAAUCUCAAAAUUAAAGGAACAGAUGGAUCAAAAAGACAGUGUGAUGUUUCUGAAGGCAGAAUCUCAUCGGAACAGGAGCUUUAAUGACAAACUCCAGAAUUUGUCAGUGAGAGAUGAGGCCCAACCGUUUGAAAAGUUCAAUCACCCCUAUUUGUUGAACACAGUGUUGAGAGAAACACCAGAUGCCAUUAAUCAAGUCUCUGUCACCCUGGAUGUGGAAACAGCCCAUACACAGCUCGAGGUGUCUGUGGAUCGGAAGAGUGUGAGAUGGACCGGGAUCCAGAGGGAUCUCCCUGAUACCGGGAAAAGAUUCACAGACUGGCCUUGUGUGCUGGGAUCGGAGGGAUUCACAUCGGGGAUACAUUACUGGGAGGUGGAGGUGACAGGGAAUCCUGUCUGGUGUCUGGGAGUCGCCGCUGAGUCUGUGGAGAGGAAGGGGGAGGUCAAACCGAGUCCAGAGACCGGAUUCUGGAUCAUCAAGCGGUAUUAUGAAGAGAUCCAGCAGAAUAUGGAGGGAUGGAAUUAUAACAUGGUCAGUGAGGAUGUGUUCAGUGUUCACACCUCCUCUGAGUACCGUCUCCCUACCAAUUCCAUCCCUGGGAGGUUGGGAGUUUAUCUCAGUUACGAGUCCGGGAAAGUUUCAUUUUACAACGCAGAGACCAAGUCCCAUCUCUACACCUUCACUGGGAAUAAAUUCACAGGGAAACUUUAUCCUUUCUUACGGAUUUGGGAAGGAAAUCAGUGGCUGAAAAUCUGCUCCGGUUCCGCUCCGGGUCUGUAAAUGUGUCUUGGAAAGACCAUAAGACAGGAACUGAAUCAGGCCAUUCAGCCCAUCGACUCCACUCUGCCAUUCCAUUAUGGCUGAUCCCAGAGCCAUGCAACCCUGUACACCUGCCUUCUCGCCGUAUUCUUUGAUGGGCUGAUCGAUCAGGAAACUAUCAACUUCCACCUUAAAUAAACCCCCAGGCUUGGCCUCCAUCACAGACUGUGGCAGGGCAUUCCACAAAUUCACCACUCUCUUGUUAAAAAUAUUCCUCCUUCUCUCUGUUCAAAAAAAUCUCACCUCAAUUUUGAGGUUGUGCCAUCUAGUUCUGGACACCUCCACCACAGGAAACAUCCUCUCCACAUCCACCCUAUCUAGCCUUUUCAACACUCAAUAGGUUUCAGUGAGAUCCCCAUGCAUUCUUCUAAAUCCCAGUGAGUACAGGCCCAAAGCUGCCUUGCAUUCCUCAUAUGUUAACCCAUUCAUUCCCAGAAUCAUCCUCGUGAAACUCCUCUGAACUCUCUCCAAUGAUAACACAUAUUUUCUGAGAUAUGGAACCCAAAAUUGUUGCAAUACUCCAAGUGCAGCCCGAGUAUUGUCUUCGAAAUCCUCAGCAUCAUCUCCUUGCUGUUAUAUUCUAUUCUCAUUGAAUUUACCAUCUUUACCACAGACACAACCUGUAAACCUGGGAGUCUUGCACGAGAACUCCUAAGUCCCUCUGCACCCCUGCUGACUUUUUAAUUUUCUCCCCAUUUAGAUAAUAGUCUGUAUUGUUGUUCCUUUUACUAAAAUGCACUAUCAUACAUUUCCCAACACUCUAUUCCAUCUGCCACUUUUUUGACCAUUCUUCCAAUUUGUCUAAUUCCUGCUGCAAUCGUGUUGCUUCCUCAGCACUACAGUACCUACCUCUCCACGUAUCUUCAUAACAUCCCCAAACUUUACCACCAAGUUUUCAAUUCCAUGACCCAAAUCAUUGAAAUGUAAUAAGAAGCUGUCCCAAUACUGACUCCUGAAGAACACUACUAGUCACUGGCAGCAAAGCAGAAAAGGCCGCCUUUAUUCCCACUCACGGCCUCCUGCCUGUCAGCCAUUCCUCUACCUAUACCAGUAUCUUUACAGUAAUGCCAUAAGAUUUAAUCUUGUUUGGCAGCCUCAUGUGUGGUACCUUAUCAAAAUCCAAGUGAAUGACAUCCACUGCCUCUCCUUUGUCCACCCUGCUUGUUACUUCCUUGAAGAACUCAGACAGAUUUUUCAGGCAUGAUUUCCCUUGACAGAAACCAUGCUGACUUUGACUUCUUUGAUCAUUGGUCACCAAGUACCCCAAAACCCCAUCCUUAAUAGUAGACUCCAUUUUCCCAACCACAGAGGUUAGGCUAACUGGUCUAUAAUUUCCUUUUUUUGUUUCCUCUCUUCUUAAAGAGAAUUUCAGUUUUCCAGUUCUCCAAGACAAUGCCAGAAUCAAGUGAUUCUUGAAAGGUCGUGACCAAUGCAUCUGCUAUUUCUUCAGCAGCCUCUCUCAGGACUCUGUGAUGUAGUCUAUCUGGUCCAGGUGACUUGUCCACCUUUAAACAUUUGAGUUUGUCUAGCACUUUUUCCCUUGUAAUGGCAAAACCACUCACUCUUGCUGUGUCCAAAGUGAAGACUGAUGCAUAGUACUCAUUAAGUUCAUCUGCCAAUUCUUUGUCCACCAUUUCUACCUCACCAGCAUCAUUUUCCAGUGGUCCGAUAUCAACUCUCAUCUCCCUUUCACUCUUCAUGAAACUGAAAAAAACUUUUAGCGUCCUGUCUUAUAUUAUUGGCUAGUUUGCCCUCAUAUUUCAUCUUUACCAUCUUAUGGCUUUUUCUGUUAUCUUUUGUUGGAUUUUAAAAGCAUCCCAACAGUCUGACAUCCCACUGACUUUUGCUACCUUAUAUGCUCUUUCUCAGGACUCUGGGAUGUAGUCCAUCUGGCUCAGGUGACUUAUCCACCUCAAGACCUUUGAGUUUGCAUGGCAUUAUUUCCUUUGUAAUAGCAAAGGCAAUCACUCCUGCUCUGUCUUCCUCAGUGAACACUGAUGAAAAUUGUUCAAUAAGUUCAUCUGCCAUUUCAUUGUCCCCAUUACUACCAAAGCAGCGUCAUUUCCUUCUCAUCUCCCUUGCAUGCUGAAAAAAACUUCUGGUAUCCUGUUUCAUAUUAUUGUUUAGUUUGCCAUCAUAUUUCAUCUAAUCCAUUCUUAUCACUUUUUUUAGUUGCCUUUUGUUGGAUUUGAAAAGCUUUCAAAUCAUCAAACUUCCCACUCAUUUUAUGCCCUUUCCUUAGCUUUCAUGCAGCCCUUAACUUCCCUUGUCAGCCACGGUUGCCUACCCCUGCCAUUUGAGAACUUCUGUAGGACAUAUCUACCUUGCGAACUAUUCCCAGAUACUCCAGCCACAUCUGAUCAGCUGUCAUCCUUGCAGUAUCCUCCUCCAUUUCACCUGGGCAAGCUUCUCUCUCAUGCCUCUGUAAUUCCCUUUAUUCCAUUGCGAGACUGAUACAUGUGACUUAGGCUUAUCCCUCUCCUUACAGUAUGUAUUCAAUUAUAUUAUGAUCACUGCCUCCUAUGGGUUCCUUUACUUUAAGCUCCCAAAUAAGAUCAGAGUUUUUACACAACACCCACUCUAAGACGGCCUUUCCCGGAGUAAGCCCAAACACAAGCUGCUCUAAAAAGCUGUCUCAUGGGAUUCAACAAAUUCCCUCUCUUGCAAUCCGACACUUACCGGAUUUUCCCAAUCGCCUUGCAUAUUGAAGUCCUCAUGAUACAAUUGUGACAUUACCCUUAUCACAUGCCUUUUCCCGGUCAAUACUGUGAAUUCAAUUAAAGUCACUGCCAUAACUUUAAUAAAGAUUUUACAUGAAAAUUAUCUACUUCCCAAAGAUUGUCCUGAUGCCUGCAUUCGAUUUCCUUCAGCCUUAUAUGCUUCACACUGAUAUAGUCUGUGUGUAACUGUUUCAUAAUGACAAAAUGUAUACGACACAGAAUAGUGUUUUCCAACUAGAUACAAGGCAGAAUUAGGCAUAGUCUGGGCAAUUCUAAGUCAUGCCAAAAUAAUUCCUUCCCUUCUUGUUUUAACCCCUUCUUUGAAAAACACAACAGGUUUAUAAACGUUGCCUGGGUAGGGUGAAAAGCAUUAUCAAGGAUGCAGCUCACCCUAACCAUGGACUUUUUACUCUCCUGCCAUCCAGUUAGCACUACUGGAGCCUCCACUCCCGCACCUGCAGGCACAGGAAGAGCUUCUUCCCUGAGGCUGUGACCCUGCUAAUCCUCACAUCACAGCACUAAGCAGUAUUGAAUCCAUAUUGUACUGUCUCAGUACUUUUAUAUUUGUAUGCUGUAGCGCUUACUUUUUAUUCGCAGUUAUUUUGUAAAUAAUACUAUUCUUUUGCACUUCUGGUUAGAUGCUAAUUGCAUUUCAUUGGCUUUGUAUCUGUACUCGGCACAGUGACAAUAAAGUUGAAUCUAAACUAAUCUAAUAUAUGUAUUC